AUGCUAACAACUAAUGAGAAGAUAAGUGAGGCAGAGUAUUUUAGUAGUCAAAGUGCGAAAUGUGUAGGUUGUACGCAUUAUCAUCGUAAUAGCUGUUUUAUUGUGCAAAAUGUGAUCGAUAAUUUAUUUAUCAAUUCAUUAGAAAUGCUGUACGGAAAAAAAUUUGUUGACAAGUGUUUGCUUUUUUCCGAGUUUACAAGCCUUUGUGGAUAUUUUAUACAGUUCCACAACAAUGUAGCAAAAACAAAACUUCGUGAUAAAGCGAUCACGAUCUAUAUUGCCAGCAGAAUUGAAAACAUUGUGACAUCGUGCAUAAAACUGAGGAAUGGAGGAGAUGAUCAAUAUAAGAACAAACAGAAUAUGCUGAUACAGAUCGAUUAUCGUUCCUUUGUUCGUACAUUUCUGUUUUCACAGCUUCUUUAUGUCUUCAGAGUUGAGUCAAGCGUUAUUUCUAAGUACGUAUUUUUUUCCGAGCUGGAGUAUACUUAUUUGACAGUUUGUGGUGCGAGUAAUCCUGAUACUGUUUGCGAUACUUUUUUGGAGGGAUAUGAGCCUCUAUUCUUUUUGCUGUCUGGUUUAUUUGACAAGAUUGGGUUUACAAACCGUUGUUCAAUCACUACUUGGAAUAUAAAUCUAAGCAUGGAGCACUUAGAUGGAAAAUACAUUCUUAAGGAGAUUCUUCGUAUCUAUUCACGUCAUAUGAAAGAGAUAUUAGGACAAAACGUAAAAUGGUUGUAUGGAUAUAUUGGACGGUAUCUCUCCACAAGCUAUUCUGAGAGGCGAGAUGAAAUACUCAAUAAAAUUGAGGAAUUGAAUUAUAACAAUUCUGAACCUAUGGCACAGCAAGUUUGUGAUCUUUAUAAGUGUGUUAGAAGGCAUCUGGAAGAGCUGAUACGCCAGUAA